AUGGAUAGAAAAGAGCAACUUUCUAAAAUUUUACAAAGCACGGAGUUUAAAAAUUUUUAAAUAACUUAAGUAGCUAAAUAAGAUGAACAACACGUUUAGAAUUCAAAUUUAUAAUAUAACUAGGCUUUUUUAUUAUAGAACAUGUAGCUUUAAUAGUAAAUGAAGCAAUAGAUUGCGAUGAUAAAUAAUGCAAAUGCUAUUAAAUCCUAUAAUAAUUAGCCAGUUCCUUAGUUUAACAAAGAAAUUAAUUCUUCAAAAGAGCUCAUUCCCUCAUAUUUCAAUAAUAUUAGUAACAAUAAUCAUAUAAAUAAUAUUAACAAUAGCUACUCGAUCAAAGACCAAAGUAAUAAAGUAGCAGCAAAUUUAGUUAAUUCGUUUAACAAAUUAAACACUUAAGUUAAUGAUAGUUAGUAAUAGCAAUAGGGGUAUAUCAAUUAAAGUUAACGAGAUUUAAGAAGCAUCAGCAGAGAAAAAGAAUAAAAUAGAAAAUAACCCAAUUCAAAUUCGCCAAAAAAAGAAAACUACUAGCAUAUGUAAAAAAUAGAUUAAAAAGGUUUUCAAAAGCAACAGUUUCAGUAACCAAAUGAGAUGUUAUAGAAUUUACAAAAUUAUAAUGAAUACUGCAACGCUCCUUAGCAAUAAUUUUCUACUUAAAAUUUUUAAAACUAAAAUAAGUAGUCUUAUUUAUUGGCUGAACAAAUUUAAAAAAGCAAAAAUUUUGAACAAAAUUCAAAUCUGAAUGCAAGCUGUAAUUUAAAAGAAGAAUUCAAUAACAUUUAAUCUACUGACAGAGAUUAAAAAAAUACAAAUGGAAAUAUUCACCAACUCAAUGAAUAGCCUCAAUAAAACCCACAAAUUAAAGAAAGUUUCAAGGUAGAAAUCGAGAGAAGAUACCAAAAAUCAGAAAUAAACUAAAUUUAUAGGUUUCCGAAAGAUUCAAAUUGUUCUACUGAUAGCGAAUCUUCUUUAGUGUCUUUGAUAAAUGUAGAAACUUACAAUUUAAACGAAUAAAACACUCCCAAACCUUUGUAGUAGCUAAACAUACACACAAUUAGGUCAGCUAAUUAAUCUCAGCAGUAAAAUAAUCAAUCAGUUUAAAUGCAAAAUCAGUAUCUAAACAACAUGCAAUAAUCUGAAAUGCAAACGAAUUCAUCAAAUUAACAAAAGUAGUAAUUCAACCAACAACAAAUGUAAAAGCAAUAAAAUCUGUAAUAAAUUUCUUAAUAAUAAUAAAAUACAUUGCAAUAAUAAAAAUCUCACCAAUAAUUCUAAUAACAGCAAUAAUAAAAUUAAUCCUAGCAGAGAAACAUGAAAGUUUGUUUAUCCUAAAGAAAUUUAAAUAAUUAAAUUAAAAAUAAUAAUUACAUAAAUACUUCUACUUCUUUCAUAGCUCAAAAUGCUAACAAUAGCAACCAAAAUAUUAAUCUAACUAGCUCUAAUAACAUUAGUAACGUGCCUUAAAAUCAUGCUAUUAUCUAAGACUUUGGUUUUAUUAAACAGUAGCAACAUCCUCCUAUAUCAGCCUCAAGCAAUAGCCAAAGCAAAUUGAAAGUUUAAUAAAAUUAACAAAUUAACAAGCAAACAAUGUAAAAUAAUAAUAAUAAUAAUUUAAAUAAUUCCAAUACAACCAGUAAGACAUUAAAAAAGAAUGACCAAACUAAAAGUUUCUCUGAUUUAAGAGCAAGCAACUAAAAUUCUAAUUUAAAUUCCAAUAAUUUUAUUUAACCUUAGUUCUAAUAAAAUUUUUAAAGCUCUAGUCUUGGGAGAGUUUCUAAUACAAAUAACAUUAAUGUUAAUAAUAACAAUAUCAAUCCUGUUUUAAAUCAACAAAAUUAGAUUUCGCUGUAAUAAAGUUAACAAUAAUUGUUAUAACAACCAACUAUCGAAUAGAAGAGCACUCAAAUUUAGCAGUUUUUAUAGAUUUUGCAGACAUAGAACAGCUAAAGCAAUCUAAGCAAGCCAAAUAGUGCUAAUUAGUUCGACAAUCAGAACAAAAGCAUCAACUAAUCAUAAUAGGUGGCCUCUAACAAUUAUUAUCUGACAGAAAGAUGGAAAAAAGAUAGCAAUUCAUAGCUACAGAAGAACAAUUUUAAUAAUAUUUAGAGCUGCUGCAACACUUUGAUAAACAAUCUCACCCUCAGCAAUAAAUAAUAGGAUAGCAAAUUAUUAGAUGUUCAAUUAGAAAGUAGUCAGAAUAACGACUAAUUUUUAAAUGUUAAUUAGUUAUUAGAAAAAUCAGGAUAUCAAACUUUUGCUAAUGUUCCUGGGAUGCCUUAAGUUAAUAUCAACAAUUCUAUAAAUGCAGUUACUUUGAUUGCAUCGAAUAAUGUUUCUACCAAGAAUGUAAACCAAUCACAGUUUAUGAGCAAUAACAAUUUCAAAUAGAAUAGCGAUUAGUCUUUUGCAAAUAAUUAAAAAUUAAAUCAUGACAACAAAAAAGGUAAGGUUGAAUUGCUAUAGGAUUCAAUUCCCUAAUUCAAUCUAACAAUGAACACCUAGUAAGAGUAAACAAUAACGUCUUCAUCCUCGAAAAAUUAAAAUUAUGAAAACAGAUCAAGGAUACAGUAAGAUAUUGAGUUACAAAAUAGAAUCAUGAAAAUGAGAUAAAAUUUAGAUGAAAAAUUAAGAUAAAGCACAAGCAGAAGCAACGAAAAAAGAACGAUUCCUCAAUAACAAAAAACAACAUCAAAUGAUAUAAUUCAAAAGCUUAAAACAAUUAUUUAGCAAAAUGAUAUGAUGGGAAAUCCUAGUUCGUUAUCUUCUAGAAAUACUUAGAGAAAAGACAAAUAUGAUACAUCUAAAAGUUUCGAAACAAAAAAAGCAAAUAAUACAAAUAAUUUAUAUACCAACGUUAAUAUCAGUGUAAACAACAAUAGCUCUUAAUAAAUACAAAAUUUAAAAUAAUUUAGAGAACAGUAAUCGUCUUUGAAAAAUAACAAUCAAAACAACAGCAAUAAUUGCACAUCUUCAAAGUAAUUGGAUAGAAAUUCUUCUGCUAAAUAACUUACUAAUAAAUCGUAAAGCAAGGAAAAAUUACAAAGCAACUCUAAACCCCAGCAUUUGCUAACUUAAAACUCUUAAAAUAACUUAUUACAACAUUCUAACAACAAAAUCACUGCCAAUCUGCCCCACACACCUCAAUCAUAGGCUAAUAAGUAGAUUUCAGCUCUUCUCAGCUAAAAAUAAGGUUCUAACAAUUCAAGUUCUAAACUCAACCAAAGUUCUUCCAAUAAACAGAAUAAUUCACUCUCAAAAGUUAAACAGCAAAAUAUAACGAAAACUCAAUAAGCAGUAAUAAGUAAUUAAACAAAUAACACUAGCAAUAUUAGUUCAAGCAAUUUCAACAAUGGAACUACGACUGUUGCAACAACUACAACAACUGCUUCUAACACAAACUCAACAAUAAACCCUUAAAACAAUAUAUUUUCUAUAAGCAACAAUACUAACACUAUUUAGAAGACUCCUUCAUAAUAACAAGGAUUAACAUAACAAGUAUAGAACGCUAUUGCUGGUUUGAAAAUGAACCAAAAUAUAUUAAAAGAUUAAUAAACUUAAUCCAUAAUUAACUAAGUCAUUUAAAAAUAAUAAGAGUAAAUGCAGUAAAACAAAAUGAACUCAUAUAAAAGUAGUGGCAGUUUGCUAAAAAAUUAUAGUAACAGUAAUCUUUAAGUUCAAACUUCAAGAAAUCAACCAAAAACCAAUAUAAGAGAUGUAAGAAUUAAAUUGCAAGAGCAACCGGCAAACAACAACUGCUAAACAGAUAUUUAUACUGGCAAUACAAAUAACGUCAAUAACUCCUAAAGUAAUAACAAUGCAAACAACAAUAAUCAAAGAGGGAAAAUGAAAAACUUUUCUUUUAUUUUCAUGAAAAACAUACACUGA